AUGCGAUCAUCCUUGGAAACAGAAUCAGCAACACUAAGGCCAGUUCUUGGAGCACCUGUAAUAGCAGCAGAUGAACCUGUUCCUCCAGUAGCAAGGAGAGUUGUGCAUUCUCAAGAAACUUCCAUAAACUUAGGUCCAGCACAAAAAUACAGACCAGCCAUACCUCCUAAUCCAUUUGAGGACCAAAGCAAUAUCAAACUGCCAGAGCAAGUCAUGAGUGCACAGUCUCAACUUCAAAGAUAUUUGAGAGACAUGUCUGGAAGGCGCUUGAAAAAAGAUGCUGUUCCAACAAAGAAUUUGACCUUUGAAUCAACAUCUUCUCCCAGAUUCGUAUUAGAUGGUCCAUUUCAACACGCGGAGGACCAGCAGGUCUCCUCACCUCUUGCGAAGGAAAACAAUGACGUAAAAUCGUCGCAACAGAAGACGUCCAACCAGGCCAUUCCUCAAAAAGAUGAGAGCAUACAUGAGAAUUUCACAGAGGAUGGCGGACUUAUUGAUAUGUCUGAUGCGCCAAACGAAGAGGUAGCCAGUGCUGUGAACAUUGACGGAUUCUACAAUGUGACUAGUUUUGUAGCUUUCAAACCUCAUGGGAAGGUCCUGGAUCUCAGUACUUCCUUUGCUAACGAUCCAGCCAAACGGAUAAACAUGGAAAGCUGA